ACAGGCACUACCCAGCCAUCCUGCCAUCCUGCCAUACUACCAGCGGGCUAUCCUCGUCGAUGCUCGCACUCGCAAAACUAGCGGUCGUCCCAAGAGCUCAAAACUUGAAACACAGUUUCAGGUCUUCAAUCGUUUCCAUGUGUUGUAGGCUGGUAGCCAUUAGCAGCGCCUGUAUCAUUCACUCGCGACGACAUUCCUGACUCACGUACCCCUCCAUAUGCGCGCCUUCCGCGCUUAGAAGAGAAAAACCGGCCUCUUCGGACCUCAACUUUUCCCCAGCAAUUAACGCUCUAAUCUAUCCGAAGCAUGAAGUUUAGGCGGGGUCUUCGUCGCACCGCCAUAGUGCACCCCGAGCCGCACUCGCUUCUCUUUCCCCAGGUCCCCAUCCGCGGCUCGAGGGACGAAGGCAGAAAGCUCGCGACGGAGUCGCUCUCAGGAGGCAAUGACGCGUCUCCAGGAAUCGCGGUGGCGCAAAUGACGCUGGAUGAGGCAAUUGAGGCCGCUGCUCGCGAGCAAGCGCAAAAGAACCAACAGCAGCCGCAGCAGCCGGUAGUGACGCAGCCGGUCGUGACGGAGCCGGUAGUGACGACGCAGCCGGCAGUGACACAGCCGCAGCCUGUUACCGAACCGCAGCCACAGCCGCAGCCACAGCCGGAGCCGCAGCCGCAGCCGAACCCGGAUGCGACAGGGCAGCAGGCGCCCGGCGGAGGUCGCACGGAGAAGCAGCUCUUCCCCGGCAUGCCCUCCCCCGCAGUCGAUCCGCCCGUCGCCAGCGGCGGGGGCGGCCUCUUCCCCGGCGGCGGAAAUGGCUUCAAACCCACGCCCGCCGUGCCGACAACCCCGUCUGUGCCGCAGACGCCCUCCGUGCCGGUCGCCCCGACCACGCCUGCCGUGCCCUCUGAGCCGGUCACGCCGGGAGUGCCGUCUGCGCCCACCACCCCGCAACCCCAGCCGGGGACUCCGGUCGCGCCCACUGUCCCUGUGCCCUCGGGCCCCGCCGUCCCCACGCCGAAGACUCCCGUCGUCCCCACGCCAAAGACUCCCGUCGUCCCCACGCCAAAGACUCCCGUCGUCCCCACGCCAAAAACACCUGCCGUCCCCGAGCCGAAGACCCCCGCCGUCCCCAGCUUUCCGACGCCCAAGGCGCCGGGCUCAACUUCUGCGCCCAAGACCCCGCCUGUAACCCCUGGCGGAAAAGUUCCCCCUGGCGUGCCGAAUCCGAAGACAUGGCCGGUAGCUCCCGGCUCAAAAGCCGCGCCUGGCUUUCCCGGGGCCAAGAUUCCCCCGGGGGCCCCCGGUUCGAAAGCCGCGCCUGGGUUUCCCGGACCUAAGGUCCCCCCUGUUGCUCCCGGUUCGAAAGCCGCCCCUGGCUUCCCCUGGCCUAAGACGCCUGUUGCUCCCGGUUCGAAAGCCGCCCCUGGCUUCCCCUGGCCUAAGACGCCUGUUGCUCCCGGUUCGAAGGCCGCGCCUGGCUUCCCCUGGCCUAAGACGCCUGUUGCUCCCGGUUCGAAGGCCGCGCCUGGCUUCCCCUGGCCUAAGACGCCUGUGGCCCCGGGUUCGAAGGCCGCGCCUGGCUUCCCCGGGCCUAAGGUCCCCCCUCUUGCUCCUGGUUCGAAAGCCGCGCCUGGCGUGCCUAAGAUUCCGCCAAUCGUCAAACCUGCUCCUAGCUCCACCGCUGCGCCUGGUUCCGCCUCUGCGCCUGGUUCCGCCGCUGCGCCUAGUUCCGCCGCUGCUCCAGCUUCCGCCUCUGCGCCAUCCUCUCUGCCGUCCCGCCCCCACCCUAGCCUGUCCGCCCCCGGUUCCCUCUCUGCGCCGGGCUCCGCCAAGGCUCCUGUAUCCGCCCCUGGCUCCGCGAAAGCUCCUGGAAAAGCACCUGGCUUUGCGCCCGGCUCUGUUCGCGCCCCUGCUGUUACGCCACCGAACAAAACCGUCACGGCGCC